CAGCUGCGCAUGCGCGGGGUCCUUCUUCCGCUCCGCGGUCAUGGCGGCCUCUGUAGCUCCCCGGGUUAGGACUCUGUGGUGGGCAGGCGCUGCUUGGCUGCGUCAAGGAGGCAUCCGGGAGCUAUUCCGGCCGCGAAUUGAAGGGAGCACCCCGGGCCGUGACUUCAGUCUCUCUCAUUAUCAGAGCACGGUCAUCGUGGAGCGCUGGUGGAAGGUGCCGCUCGCCCGGGAGGGCCGAAAGCCGCACCUGCACCGGCGUCACCGCGUAUAUAAGUUGGUGGAGGACACGAAACACCGGCCCAAAGACAACCUGGAGCUCAUCCUCACGCAGUCUGUGGACGAAAUUGGAGUCCGGGGUGAUCUGGUCUCAGUGAAGAAAUCUGUGGGUCGUAACAAGCUCCUUUCUCAGGGACUGGCAGUGUAUGCAUCUCCUGAAAAUAGGAAGCUGUUUGAAGAGGAGAAAUCGCUGAGACGAGAAGGGAAACUGGAGAAGAUCCAGACAAAGGCAGGAGAGGCGACAGUGAAAUUUCUGAGAAGCUGUCAUCUAGAGGUGGGAAUGAAGAACAAUGUCAAAUGGGAACUAAACCCUGAAAUAGUUGCCCGCCAUUUCUUCAAGAAUCUUGGUGUGGUGGUUGCCCCACAUGCUCUGAGGCUGCCAGAGGAGCCUAUCACUCGGUGGGGCGAGUACUGGUGUGAUGUGACUACUAGGGGACACCAAGGAAUAAGAAACAGAACAAUUACAAGAUUGAAGAUGGCAGCCAACAUGGAGGCAGACAGAUAGGAAGAAGAUCCUGAUCCUGUGCGGUUUUCAACAGCCACACGGAGCUAAGACUUUGACAAGGUUAGAGUAAUUGGGGUAAAGCUUUUAUCAAUUGGCUCUAAAAUUAUUGUGUUGACAUCUUGUAAAUUGUGAUCUUAUUGUUAUAUGAAUCUGGAUGAAAAAAAAAAAAAGAUUAAAGAUGGAUGAGCAAGAGAGCUAGAAACAAUGCAUCCUAGACGUAGCAUAGCCAUUGUCAUGAAUAGCAAUUACAGUUACUUGCACAAAACCUACACACAGAAAAGGACAGUUGGGUAUGGUGGUACAUGGGUUUAACCCAGCACUCGAGAGGCAGAGACAGGUGAUCUCUUUCCAAGUUUGGGGCCAGCCUGGUCUUUAUAGAGUUGUAAGCUAGUCAGAGCUACACAGUGAGAAAACAUGGGGCUGGAGAGAUGGAUGGCUCAGAGGUUAAUACUGCUCUUACAGAAGAGUGACACCUUUUCUGUCUUUUCAGGUACUGAACACACAUGAUACAUAGACACACAUGCAGACAAAGCACCUAUAUGUGUAAAAAUAACAUUUAAAAGUGGUUAAUGUACUUGUUGCUCCUGCAGAAGACACAGGUUCGGUUCCCAGCAAUCACAAGGCUGCUCCCAACCAUCUAUAACUUAAGCUCUAGGGAUCUGAGCCCUCUUCUCACCUCUGUAGUCACAAGGCAUGCAUAUGUGCACAUGCAUACAUGUAAGCAAAAUAGGCACACACAUAAAAUAUGUCUUUAAAACACUCUUAUGGUCUUGUUUGUUUUUCAAGACAGAGUUUCUCUGUUUAUCUCUGUAUGUCAUCCUGGCUCGCCUGGAACUCAAGAGAUCUGCCUUCCUCUGCCUACCGAGUGCUGGGAAUAAAGGCUUACGCCACC